GCUUUUUGCGACCCGCCGCCACGGUUUUUGCCAACGCGGCUUUUUACCCCCACCACCGCGGCUUUUUGCCCCCGCCGCCACGGCCUUUGCGGAGGCGGCUUUUUGCGCCCACCGCCGCGGCUUUUUGCCUUCGCCAUCACGGCUUUUGCCGACGUGAUUUUUUACCCCACUGCUGCGGUUUUUUGUUCCCUUCGCCGCGGCUUUUUGCCCCCGCCGCCGCGGCUUUUGUGGCUUUUUGCCCCCGCCGUCUCGCGGCUUUUUGCCGCCGCCGUCACGGCUUUUUGCCCCCGCCACGGCGGCUUUUGGCCGCCAUGACUUUUUGCACCCACCGCGGCGGCUUUUUGCUCCGCGCCGCCGCGGUUUUUGCCAACGCGGCUUUUUACCCCCAUCGCGGUGGCUUUUGUCGACACGGCUUUUUACCCCCCGCCGCCACGGCUUUUUACCCCCCGCCGCCGCGGCUUUUUGCCCGCGCCUCCGUGGGUUUUGGCCACCGCGUCUUUUUGCCCCCGCCGCCGCGGUUUUUUGCCGCCGAGGCUUUUUGCCCCCGUCGCCGCUGCUUUCUGCAGCUUUUUUCCCCGCCGCCGCGGGUUUUGCCGACGUGGCUUUUUGCUCCCCACCGCCGCUCCUUUUUGUCCCCGCUGCCGCUGCUUUUUGCUCCCGGCCGCCGAGGCUUUUUGACUCCUUCGCCGCGGCUUUUUUCCCUCGCCGCCGCCGAUUUUUACCCCCGCCGCCGUGGCUUUUUGCACCUGUCGCCACUGCUUUUUGCAGCUAUUUCCCCCGCCGCCGCAGUUUUUUGCUCCCCGCCGCCGCGGGUUUUGCCGACGCGGCUUUUUGCGCCCACCGCCGCGGCUUUUUGCUCCCCGCCGCCCGUUUUUGUCCCUGCAGCCGCGGCUUUUUGCUCCCCGCUGCCUUUUCCCCUGGUCGCGGGUUUUCGCCCACACCGCCGCGGUUUUCUGCCCCAGCCGCCGAGGCGUUUUGCCCCCGCCGCCACUACUUUUUGCGGCCUUUUGCCCCUGCCGCCGCGGCUUUUUCCCCCACCGCCGCGGGUUUUUGUCGCCGGAGCUUUUUGCCCCUGCCGCCGUGGCUUUUCCCCCCGACGCCGUGGCGUUUUGCCCGCGCGUCCGCGGUUUUUUGUCCCUGCCGCUGAGGCUUUUUGCUGCCGUGGCUUUUUCCCCCCACCAUCGCGGCUUUUUGUGGUUCUUUUGCCCGCACUCCCGCUGCUUUUUGCCCCCGGCGCCGUGGCUUUUUGCCACCGCUGCGGAUUUUUACCCCCGCCUUGGAGGAUUUUUCUCCCCGCUGCCACGGCUCUAAGGGCGGGAGCCGCAGACUCGGCUGCUAGCUCCACUGGCGUCCUGGCAAGGGCAGCGCCAAGGGGCGCUCCUGGUCCAGUCUCCCGGCUCGGGGGUUCUUUGCCUAGGCGUCGGCGCCCCGGGCUCCCUGCCUCGGCCUCUGUGGCCUGCAUAGAGCGGCACUGCGCGCGGAGGCGAUGGGAGAGAAGAAGGAGGGCGGUGGCGGGGGUGAUGCGGCAUUCGCCGAAGGUGGCGCAGGGGCCGCGGGCAGCUCCAGAAGCUCAUCGGCAUCUUCAUUGGCAGUCUUCGCGGGCUGGGCGCCAAGUGCACUGUGUCCAACGACCUCACCCAGCAGAAGAUACCGACCCUGGAGGUGAGGAAACCAAAGGCCUGAGGAAGAAAUGACUUGCCAGGAACCCCUGUUAAGGAGAAGUAACAAAGUGUGCUUAUUAAAGGAGAACUGAGAUGGGAGUCAGACCUGGAGGCCCACACCCUUGGUUAAGACAUUGUACGAUCUUGAGUCUGGCCUGUUGACUGAGAAUACAACAGAGAAAUGCAUAAUGUCCAGUGAAUUUAUUACAGUUCCAAAGUCGGUGACGUGCAGUGGCUCACACCUGUAACCUCAACACUUCGGGAGGCCAAGGCAUGUGGAUCACGAGGUCAGGAGUUGGAGACUAGCCUGAUCAACAUGGUGAAACCCCAUCUCUACUAAAAAUACAAAAAUUAGCCAGGCAUGGUGGCACGCGGCUGUAAUCCCCGCUACUCAGGAGGCUGAGGCAGGAGAAUUGCUUGAACCUGGGAGGCAGAGGUUGCAGUGAGCCGAGAUGGCGCCACUGCACUCCAGCCUGGGCGAAAGAGUGAGUGAGACGACUCCUCAAAAACAAACAAAAAGAGUUGCAAAGUCAUACUCAGCUUUCUGCUCUUGUCAGACAAUUAAGGGGUCUUUGAAUACUUCAGCCCUAAUAAUUUGCUCCUAACAUACAUAUUGCACUGCUUAUCUAAUUUUAAACAUCUUUUUGAUUCAACACCUAAUUUUUUAUUUAGAUCUAUCUAUGUUUACAAUAUAUUUUUUGCUCUGUGUUCAUUCUUUGAUUUCAGAACUUCAACCUUUCUGAAGCAUGUUUUCAGAGUUUCUCUUUAGUUUCUUUAGUGGAAUUCUGCUGGUGGCGUUUUGUUUUUUGUCUCUAAAUAUGUUAUUUAGCCAUAGGCUGAUGAAUAUUUUUCUUGGUUGAGAAUUUCAGAAUGGCAUUAUUCUUAACAAACAAUAUUGUUUAUUUUACCUUUCAUUCUUUCCGAUUUCAAUAUGAUUAAAGGUAAUUUGAUUUUUCUAGUGUUAAUUGAAAUAUUUUUCCCUUCCUGAUUCUUUGCUAUUUCUCUAGGAGAUACGUAGGUGUAGGUUUAUCUCCACUGUAGCUUGCUUAGCAUGCAUGGAAUUUUUGAAUAUGCGGAUUAGUGUCUUAAAAAAGUCUAGAGAACUUUCAGCCAAAAUACCAUCACAUAUUGUCCCUUCCCAGUUUCCUUCGUCUAUGAGAACACUCACUAAACACAUGCUACACUUUCUCACUGUAUCUUCCAUGUCUCUUCAUGAUUCUGUCCACAUUUUGCAUUUUGUUAAAUUUUCUGUAAUGCAUUCUGAAAUAUUUAUUAACUCCCACCAUGGCCACGUCUAAUCUGAUGAGUUCAUUUUUGAGUUUUUAAUUUAAAAUACUAUAUUUUUAUACAAACUGCUUUUCAAAUUUGCUACAUCAAUUUUUUAGUCUCCUAAAAAUAUAUUCAUUUUUAAAAAAAUUUUUUGAAAGCAAAUGUGCUUUAUAAUCUAACAGUGAUAUUUCUACUAAUGAACCUUUGUGUAUCCGUUUAUACUCUUUUUCUGCUUUCCUUUCAAAUGGUGGAAUAUCAUUUCCUUGUGUACUUAGAUGCCUUUGAAUGACAAAUAUUUAUUUUUCUCUGAAAAUUAUUUUUGUGGACUUUUGAGGAUUAGUGAGAAGAAAAUUUGCCAAAGAGAAUUUGAAUUUUUUUGUGAGUCUACUAAAGGCACCACCAUUCUGGGACCACAUUAUGUUAAUUCUUGGCCUAAAGGUGUUUGGACUUAUGUUUGGACUGCACAUUUAAACAAUUUUUAAAUAAAUUGCUGUAAAUCA